AGAAAUGCAAAAUGGAUCAAGGAGGACUGAAUAAUGGCGCCAAGAGAGAUGAUCAUUUGAAUACGUUGGAUUACAGCAACAGCCCAGUCGAGGGAAUUUUACGAAGCGGAAUACAAAGCGCCAUGUCUGUCGCCCCCACCUCGCUGGUUCCUCAACCCAAUCCGCUGAUGCAGCCGGUUUCCGGGGACCUUCCUAAUGGCCUGAGCAACUCGCCCACUCUGGAGGAGCACACCACCUCUGUGUCCUCCUCCCUUGGCAUCUUUGGGGAAGAUUCAGAGCUCAAAGUGUUUGGGAAGGAGCAGAGGGCUCAGCAACACCAGACCCUGGGAGCUUUCACUUUGGGAGACAGUUUCUUAGGACUGGAGGCCAGCAUUGCAGACCUCAACAGCACUUCCCCUUCAGUGGACUCCCUGAUUGGUGGAGUCGACCCCAAUCUCUUUCCUUUAAAAACAGAGGACUUUUCCCCCAUGGAUAAAGGCGAUAUGUACUUUGACCAAGAUUCCUUUGGGCCCAUUGGGAAAGAUGUUGAUGUUGGCAAUCAUAAGCUCUUUAGUGACAACACUCUGGACCUCCUGCAGGACUUCGAGUUGGAUGGAUCGCCUUCCGAUUUCUAUGUGGCGGAUGACGCGUUCCUCUCCACCAUAGGUGAAGAUGCUUUGCUCGGAGACUUGCCGACAAAUACGGAGAGGGACUCAAAGGUUGCGGUCAAUGGCGCGACCACCACUUCCAGCCCCUCCAGCAUCAACACGGUCACCACCAGCACCAGCUUGCCCACUGUGAAGGUGGAGAAAGACUCUAUAAUCCAGCUGUGCACUCCUGCGGUCAUCAAACAGGAGAACAACGGUGGGGCUAACUACUGUCAGGCGAGUCUGCACAGCACACCUAUUAACAUUUGUGGUGUCACCACUUCAAGUGGACAGAGCUUCCUAUUUGGGACCGGCCCAUCCACAGCUGCUGUCAGUCAGCAGAAAGAUCAGAAGCCCGUCUUUAACCUGUACACUCCUGUGACCUCUUCAGAAGAUGGUUGGGGCAGGGGCCAUGGCUUUGGGAAUGCAAGUGAAAUGCAGCAGAGGGCCAGCGAAUGCUUUUCCAAAAACUAUACAAGCCCCUAUGCCAGGUAAGCCUU